AUGUUUGGGGCCACCCACGACCCCAACAUUCUAUAUUUAACAAGAACACAGCUCGAUGACAAUGUCCUUGUCAUUAAAUUAGAAGAUAACAGAGUCUUACUGAUAGUGUCUGAGAACGACUUUAGCCGCGCAUGCAUCAGGUGUAGCCACGCACACGUGAUGCAGCACUUAGAUUUCGAGGAAAGAUGUUCGUCCGUCUCCCAAAUUAUUUACACCAUCUACAAAAGAUAUGGCGGUACUUCCAUACUGAUGCCCUUCACCUUUCCGGUGGGCCUGUUUGUUAAAUUGAAAGAACUCUCACCAUCUAUCCCAAUGACCAUAGUUAAGAAUCAAGCUUUUCUAAUAGAACGCUUGCGAAAAACACCCAUGGAGUUACAAUACAUUAAGGAUGCUGUCAGAGCUGCCACUGUUGCAUUUUCUCUUAUUGAGGAUGUUCUUCGCAGGUCAGUCAUCGAACUGGACCCCGCUGCUGGCUGCAUUCCAAAGACCGCAGACAAACCUGGCUCUGUAGCCUUUCCUAUUUUCACAGAUACCAACUCUACUCGAUCCAAACGUCUCUCUGAAUACCCUCAAAGCUCCCAUGAAGCACAGUUCAUCCAAAACGACAAGGUCCCCACAAGUCAAUACUCAGGCAUUUCUGGCAUGGAGCCCGAAGGCCUGGAGACAUAUGUUAGCAUAGACAACUGCAAAUACAUUUUAAAGGACACAAAGACAAACGAGACAGUGACAGCUACUUAUCUCAAGAACAUGGUGCGCACGGAGAUGGCGAGGUUGGGCUACUUUCUGGAGUCGUGCAUAAUUGCCUGUGGAAGGCAGGCAUGCGACCCGUCUUGCCACGGGUACGGGGUCCUACGUCCCAACGAGUUGAUUGUGUGUGACAUUUAUCCCAGGUGCAUAGAAUCAGGAUACUACGGUGAUAUGACGCGUACAUUCUUGAAGGGCACCCCUAGCCCCGACCAACAAAAACUAAUGCAAACUGUGCUACAUGCACAGAGCAUGGCAAUACACGAAAUUAUACCGGGAAAACCAUAUAGAGACCUGAACAAAGUGGUUAAUGACCUCUUUCUUUCCAUGAACUACACAACGAAGAAGGUAGGCUCACACUGGCAAGGGUUCUGCCACGGACUAGGGCACGGGGUCGGCCUAGAGAUCCACGAACCGCCAUUCAUAGACGGUGAGGAGACAUCCGAUGUCUGCACUGUGGGCACAGUCUUUACCAUCGAGCCUGGACUUUACUAUCCGAGCAUUGGAGGCUGCAGAGUUGAGGAUGUGGUGGUUGUAACUGAGGAUGGGGCCGAGGUACUAGGGAGCUAUAGCUACAAUUGGAUAAUUCCAUAA